UAUAGUCCCUCCACCUCCACAAGUUACAUAAUCUUCUUCUGUGUUUUUGUACUUUUUGAUAUUUUUAUAGUUAGAAUAGAUAAAGUCUAGCCCUGUCACCUGCUGCCUUACUUUGCUCACUUCCUGUACUAUCCUCUAGUUUCAUUUUUUAGUUUGGAUAAGCAUUUGGAGAGAUGGGUAGGAGUCCAUGUUGCGAGAGGAAGGACUUGAAGAAAGGGCCAUGGAGUCCUGAAGAAGAUCAGCUUCUGAUUGAUUACAUCAGCAAGAAUGGCCAUGGAAGCUGGCGUGCUCUUCCUAAGCUCGCGGGUCUUCUUCGGUGUGGAAAGAGUUGCCGGCUCAGGUGGACAAACUAUCUGAGGCCAGACAUUAAGCGUGGUCCUUUUUCUCUGCAGGAGGAACAGCUUGUCAUACAGCUCCACGGUAUUCUCGGAAACAGGUGGGCAGCAAUUGCUGCUCAAUUACCCGGACGAACCGACAAUGAGAUCAAAAACUUGUGGAACACCCACCUGAAGAAGCGUCUGCUCCACAUGGGUCUUGACCAGCUAACCCAGGCACCAUUGACCCCUCAAGGGGCCAUGACAAAAUUGCCUGCAUCUCCUAUUACCCGACAUAUGGUUCAGUGGGAGAGCGCGAGGCUUGAAGCCGAGGCUGGGCCCGCCAGGGAGACUUUGCUGCUUAAUCCACUGCCGCGGCGACGAAAAACCGAUCUGGACUGUUUCUUGCGUAUUUGGAAUUCUGAAGUAGGGGAGUCGUUUCGAACCAUCAAUAGCAGAAGCAAAAGUGUGAGCCUCAGCCCGGUUUCUCAAACUUCUUCCUGUGCUAAAUGUGAAACAAGCUCAGCUUCCACCACAGGGAUUGGCGCCGCAUGUCUCGGAGCAGAUGCAGAUUCAACACCAACUGAUCAUGAGAACAAUGCAGAUGGAAAGAGCAGUGAGGCAGAGUAUGAAGCCCUGGCCACGUCUGAAUUAUCUGGCUCUAGCGAGUUCAACAGUUCGACAGUCACUGCACUGGAAAUGCUAUUUGAUUUCCCAAUCAACAAUGACAUGAGCUUCUUGGAAGGAAGCGCCUAAUAGACCCGGUGUGUUGUUCUAUUUCACAAGAACCAAACCUCCAUGAUCGUUCCCUUGGUAAUCUUGUCUGAAUACAUUCUAUAUAUUCUGAAUCUGAAGCCUCUUUAGUUGAACUUUUAAUCUGAUUUUGGCAUCCAAAUUAGUAAAGCAAAGAAUCCCAUAUCAAGUAUAUUUGAUGUAGUAAGCCUCUUUUCAAAGAGCUGAUCUGCUGGUUUUUUAUGCAAGUUGCAAUGGAACCCCUUUUCGUUCA